AAGGAAGCCGGAACAGCCUCCUGUAAAGCUGAGGGGGGUCGCUCUGAAGGGGCGGGAGAGGAGACGAGAGGCCGGGCCCUGGCUGAGGAGACCCAGAAAGGGGGCGAAGGGCGCAGCCGACACCAGAAGGCUGGGAUUUUUGGUCUUUCAACCUGCUGACUGGGGACUUAUAUCUGAUCUAAAAGGAAAGGUGCUGUUGAAGGACUGAAGGCCAUGUUUGGGGAUUUGAAUAGUUUCCGGAGCCACCGAGGGAAAGACAGGAUAAACCGCACAGACGAGGGGGUAAUCCUCAUCUCGGACUCCUCGGAUGAAGACUUGCCUGUGAUGCUGGAGAUUCCCGUUCGCCAGCAGUGGGAAGAAGAGGAGGAGGACGACGACGUGGUCAUCUUGGUAGAGACUGCCGCCAAGCAGCUUCUGCGACCCAACGUCAUCAGGCCGGCUGCUCACUGGCACGGCGUGAUCCAGCUGGGGGAAGGAGUUUCCGAAGGCGACGGGACUGCAGGGCCUCACGACCGGCCGAAGACAGCCAUGUCCCCGCGGCUGCUUCCUGUCCGCCGGAACGGCGUGACACCAGCCAAGCGGGAGAGUGAAGAGCAAGUCUUGGAGCUGCCGGAGUCCCUGGAACCCACCAGGCCGAAGGAAGAAGGAGGGACCGUUCCGGAGCCGGGUCCUAGCGUCGCUCGGAGGAAAGAGGCCAGACCUACCAGUGCCAAGGAGGUUGUUAAUUUGGAGGAUGUGGUCCUGGUAGCUGAGCAGAAAGGACAGGACCAGAGGACUGGGAACCCGCCCCCGAGGCUGGUGCCAGACCUUGGUAGGGGCAGCCGGUGCAUCCAGGAGAAUGCUCGGCUAGACCACCCGUACUUCCAGCCUGCUGACAAGGAGCCCCAGGUCGCAGGCGGUCGCCUUUCUCACCGGCCAGCCCAGUUGAAAGUCGUACCGGGGCCGCUCCCCAGGGAGUACCCGGAAGAGAUCCCUGGGCCCGCCUUCCCCCGGCCUGAACCGCAGCAGGACGCCAUCCCGGGCCCUGCCUCGCCUCGUCUGGCUCACCCGCCGGAGGAGAAGGGAGGGCACCCUGCAGCAACGAAUGAGCAGGCGGGCCCGGCCUUUCCUGUCCAAGAGCCGCUCAAGUCUGGUGCCAGCAAGACAUUCAAGCCGGUCACUCCUUGGCUGGACAAUGACCUUGCUGCUUUGCUCAUCAGGGAAACGGAAGCGAGGUUUCCGGAUAUAACCAGAGAGUACCUAGAAGAGCUGAUCCAGAGUAAGAACUACUGUAACUUGAACAUCCUUUGUAAUUUUCUUCUGGAGAAUCCAGAUUAUCCAAAGAAGGAAGGCAGAGUUGUUUUAAAUCCCAACAGCAGUCUGCUCUCCAGCCAAGAGGAGACAAAGGUGCUUAAAGUUGACUACUUUGACUUCUCCAAUCUCACCCCGCUCGACCAGCGCUGCUUCAUCCAGGCCGCCGAUCUCCUCAUGGCUGACUUCAAGAUGCUGAGCAGCCAAGACAUCAAGUGGGCGCUGCACGAGCUGAAAGGACACUAUGCAAUCACACGCAAGGCCUUGUCCGACGCCAUCAAAAAAUGGCAAGAGCUGUCUCCCGAAGCCAGUGGGAAGCGGAAAAGGAGGAAAGAGAUGAACCAGUUUUCCUAUAUAGAUUUUAAGUUUGAGCAAGGAAACAUGAAGAUCGAGAAGCGCAUGUUCUUCUUGGAGAACAAGAGGCGGCACUGGAGGAGCUACGACCAGCUCUCCCUUCUCCCGGCGGUGCAGCUGGAGCGGGAGUUUUAUGAGCAGAAGGUGAAAGAAAUGGCUGAGCAUGCAGAUUUCCUCCUUGCCCUGCAGAUGAACGAGGAGCAGUAUCAAAAAGACGGCCAGAUGAUCGAGUGCCGGUGCUGCUAUGGGGAGUUUGCGUUCGAGGAGCUGACGCAGUGUGCGGACGGCCACUUGUUCUGCAAGGAAUGCCUGAUCAAGUAUGCCCAGGAGGCAGUCUUUGGCUCCGGAAAGUCAGAGCUCAGCUGCAUGGAGGGGAGCUGCACGUGCUCGUUCCCGACCAGCGAGUUAGAGAAGGUGCUUCCUGAGAACAUCCUUCGUAAAUACUACGAGCGGAAAGCAGAGGAAGAAGUGGCCGCUGCCUGUGCCGAUGAGCUCGUCAGGUGUCCCUACUGCAACUUCCCGGCCUUGCUGGACAAGGAGGUGAAGCGGUUCAGCUGCCCCAACCCUCGCUGCAGAAAGGAAACCUGCAGGAAGUGCCAAGGGUUGUGGAAGGAGCACAUGAACCUGACCUGUGAGCAGCUGGCCGAGAAGGAUGACAUAAAAUACAGGACAUCUAUAGAAGAGAAGAUGACGGCAGCCCGCAUCAGGAAAUGCCAUAAAUGCGCCACCGGCUUGAUCAAGUCCGAAGGUUGCAACCGCAUGUCGUGUCGCUGCGGGGCCCAAAUGUGCUACCUCUGCCGAGCCGCCAUUAACGGGUACGACCACUUCUGCCAGCACCCCCGCUCCCCAGGAGCCGCCUGCCAGGACUGCACAAAAUGUUCCCUCUGGACAGACCCCACGGAAGACGACGAGAAGAUCAUCCAAGAGAUUCAGAAGGAGGCGGAAGAGGAGCAGAAGCGGAAGAACGGAGAAAACAGUUUCAAGCGCAUCGGCCCCCCAGUGGAGAAGCCUGCUGGGAAAAUCCCACGCCUUGAAGCCAUCCCCCGGCCGGUUCCGCAGAACCUCCACCACCAGCCCCAGAUGCCCCCGUACCCCUUCGUGCACCCUCCCUUCCACCUGCCUCCCGUCCGCCCGCUGUACAACAACCUCCCCCUGAAUAUCGGCCCCAUCCCUGCCCCCUACGUGCCGCCGCUGCCCAACAUGCGGGUGAACUUUGACUUCCCCCAGAUGAACAUGCCGCUGGAGCACAACCUUCCUAUGCACUUUGGUCCACAGCCGCGGCAUCGGUUCUGACCUGGCUCAGGGCAGCAUCUCGUAUUUUGAAAGUCACUGCAGGGAAAAGCCAGCACUGGGAGGUGCUUCCCUUCUUCCCCUAACCCACCUAGUCCCACUCUUCCUCCUCCCCCCCACCGGUGAACCACAAGCACUGAACACCCCAUAUACCCCCUCUUUGCAGCCCUCUUAUCACCUGCCUUUGCUGUUCUGGUCCAUGCGGCAUGUGGAUGCCCAGUGCUCUGGCAGCACGAGUUAAGAAAAGAGAAAUAAAUGUUCCCAGGGGGUCGAGAAAAGUUCUCUGCUAAGCGAGGGGGACAGAGAGGGAGCCGUCUGGCAAGAGGGAGCAACGCUGUUCAAGUCCUUGUGCCAAACCCCCACCAUUUUUUUUCUCAUUUGCCAAAACAGCUCUGUGGAGGGGAGUUAUGUGGGGAAUUAUAAGUUUCCAUUGGCUGUGCAGGAGCCUGGGUGCUGUAGACCGGGUGGUUAACUUGACUUACGUACUGUUUAGAUUUUGCCAUGUAAUGAGCUUCCAGCCAACCCUGCAGCAGGGAGAAAUCAGCAGAUAGGCACAAUCAGCAGAUACCCACAAAAGGUUUUUGAGACGCUAGGCUAGCAAGUUCCUGCAAGGGUGCUGUAGUUGACACCUGCCUUCAAAAAUCCUUCUCUGCUGCCGAAGAUGCUUGUUCUGUCUCUGAGCGAGGAUUCCCCAAAGAGAGUAUUUGAAGGUCUCUUGAUUCUUCUCAGGUGCCAAAUGAGGGGUUUUGUCUCAUAACGGGAGAUGCGCUCAGCCACAGAGCACACAACAGAUAAUGUCAAGGAUGCGGCUUCAGCAGCGACUCCCUGCCACUUCAUGUCAGACAGCGACACGGGGGGGUCUGUAAGUCCUUCGGUGUGGUGGGGGCACGGGCAGGAGUUGUGGUGUAGCAACAAGCAUCUGUGGGAUGCACACGCUACACAAGGUGCAAACACUCUUGUGUAUUGAGCACACCCCCUGGCCCCUUUGUUCGCUGAGCAAAGCAUAGUUGAAUAAUCCAUACCCAUCAGAAGGCUGUAUGCAAAAAAAAAUUAUCUUUAAGAUGUCUGGAACCCUUAGAUGGACAGGUAUGCAGUUGUGGUCAGCUUACCUGUGGCUCUCUGUUGUCUUUGGUGUCCAGGUGAGCACCUCGCAUGUCGCAGUUUAGGUGGGUCAUGCGUUCAGCAGGUGCACGCCCACAUUCCAAGGUGCGCCGGACGCACAGGGAUGCCCCGAGGCCUUGUGGGGACAUCCAUCUCCGGGGGAAAAAACAACACCACCUUUGUAGCUUACGUACAGAUAAGGGUGCAUGAGUUGAGUUGCUAGAACCUCCCAUGCGGAGGCACUGCUCCGUUGUUGAAAACGAGGCCCUUUUCUCAGUGUCUCGUUUCAAGCUGACUAUGAACAGCUCCAGAGUGUGAAUGAACUCCACACAAAGUCGACACCUGACUUCCACAAUUUGCAACCACCAAGGUUGUUACCAUUGUGGGAAGGGGCCAUGCUGUGUACCCAUAGAGGUUCCAGGUAGGGUUGAUUCCCGCCCUCCUGAGUGUAGGUGGGGGGCACCCAGAGAACAGUUUUCUCCAAGCGCCAUUUUCCCACCAUACACCUCUGGCUGCAGGACAGGUGGAUUAUUACCAGGAAUGCCAUCAGCAAUUCGCAGAGUAAUGUGGCAGCCUUUGGCGUGGGAAACUGAGGCACCCAGUGGUGGGACAGUCAUAGGGUCUUCUCGUGUGGGGGAGCACGCGGUUAAACUUGGCAAUCACUGUGAUUGAAGCCUUCUUAAAAAAUUUUUGUCUUGACAGAAGCUUGUCUCAGUUGGGAGAAAAAUCCACUGUAUUCAUAGUUUCCCCAUUUCUUUUAGCUCCAGAGUUAAGAAAAAGGCAGUUCGCUAUUGGUUCGAAAAUUGCUGCUGUUGAGAGUUCUUAAAAAAUCAGAUUAAAGUGUGAGGCUGGCCAGAGUCAGGUUUAUAAAUCAGCACCUUAUAGUUUUAAGAUUCCUUGGAGUAGCCACGGUUGACCAUGCUGAUAGCACCGUUGGGUUUUUUUUUUUUAAAGAGCUGCUGAUAGCACUGUUUUUUAUGGCUGGCUGCUCAUUUUUUGAAUUUUCGCAGCUUGGGGAACCUAUCGACAAGGUCAGUGACUGCUGAUAAUCCAGAAAUGUUUUGACCUUUAGAUUUAUUUUUUACGCGCGGCAAGAAAUUGGCUUCUAAGUUUGAUGUGCGUAGGAUAAACCCUUCCCACAGACAGUGGGAGUGACUUGAGGGAAGCCAUACCAGUGCGUUGUGUGCACACGCAGCUGUCUCCCAGCUGUGCAGAGGAAGUUCCUGUGCAGACCAGCUCUUCGGGGUCCCCUUUCGGGACCUCCGCUUGCCCCAUUUCCCACGUGUAACUCUUUGGGAGGAGAUGCUGUCGGGUGUUCCUUCACCACACUAGGAGGCAGAUAGAAAUUGCCAGCAAGGACAAGGGCGGACCACAUACCUACAUCUGUGGAGGCAUACACCUGGCAACCCUGACUGGAUUGGGACAUCCAGUGCGAAUCCAUGGAAGCAGCUAUCUGUGAACCCAACAGUAUCUUUCUCUCUGCGAUCCUGGGGAAUGUAGGGUUAGCCUCGAUCCUUCUCCAAAGAUUUUGUUUUCAGCGAGAAGACAGAUUUUUUUUCUCUUUUGACUACAGCCCACCCUGACUUCAGCUCACUUAAUCUCUAUUAUUACUCCGUACCCAGCUUCCUGUGUGGUUGGACGUACGGUUUUGACCCAUGUGUGGUAAAACUGGGUGGUUCUUGGAGCUCACCCGGCGGAGCUUGCUUCUCCAGGCCGUGCCUUGGAGUUCCCUUGAGAGAAAAUGACCCUUUUGCUGUUCUGAGCGGGAGACGGGGCCCUGGUUAUCAUCCACCCCGCCUGCAAGCCCCUUUGAAAAUUUCAGAUCUUGCCGGAUUGAUUGGAUUGCAAACUGCAGCUGUCAGGUACAAUAACUGGGCUACCAAGAGCCAUAGGGGGAGACUUAGGCAGAGUGACACAUAUUUUUCCCCCCAGUGGAUGGUGCCAAUUUUAAUGUAUUUUCUAUUGGGGUGGAGGGAGAGAAUUAUUCUUCAUUUCUUUAAAGCAGCAGGAACUUCCUAAAUAUUUAUCCUCCAAGCUGACCUUCUCGGCAAGUGUCAAAAAUUACCCGCUUAACGGUUGCCUCUCUCUCUUCCAGUGCUAUAAUGAAAAGCAGAUAAUUUUGUUUUUGAAUGUGGGCCAAUCUAGGCCUUUGGGGUGGACAGGAGUCCCAGCUUCUCUGGCUGCGGAGUGCAGUGGAUCAGAAGGAUGUUGGCUGGAUUAGACAAAAAGGACCUUUACUCCUCGGUCCCCUUUAACAAUGGACCAGGGAUGGGGCUCGUGCCAGUUAAGAAAGGAAAGAACAAAUCUGCCAUCUUGGUUUCUGACUCUUCAGGAGUCCCAUUUAUUAGUGCCUCCCUUCUGAUGCACAAGAGGAAAAUCCAACUGUUGAUCAAGACGAGUCUGAGAUGCCCAGAUUCGCCGCCUCCUCGUGACACAUCCAUUCUCUGAAGUUACCUCAUCUGGAGCCUUUCCAGUUGACUUGUCUUGCUGGUACAGGUGGGGGCUUCUUCGCACUUAGCCAGUGAAUAUCGGUUUGCAGUUUACCUAUGGGCAGGUAUGUUUCUGUGUAGGCGGCUGAAUGAUUGAGAAUAGACUAGCAGCAAAGCCCAGCACCAGUCUCGGCACCCUGUUGGAGUGGAGGGGGAGGGAGGGAGGAGGUCUUCCAGUUAGGUCAGGGGGCCGGGGAUGAAAUGUUGCCCACCAAUGGGCGAGCAGGACUCACAAAGCCCUCUGGGGGUGGGCAGUAUAAAAGUCAAAAGAAGGAAGGAAUAAAUGAAUAAAUAAGUAAAGUGCUCGCCGAUUGGUGGAGGGUUUGCUGUUGUGACAUUCCACCACUUAGCCCUUUAUUGGUUAGGAUGGUAAGAUCCAUUGUCUGUCUCUUUAACUCUUUGGGCCACAUUGGAGACUGCUGUACUGGGGACCAAAAUAUGAGCCGUGGCUCAAAGAUGGGGAAAUUGGUAUCUUGCAACCGCCAUUGGAUCUAUGGCGUAAGGUGGGCUUGCCCCACUUAUCCCAAUUUCCAACGGCAGUCCAGGUGAGAAACAGAGAACGUUACCUCUGCAGUCAGGUAUGUGCCCAGGUUGUGGGAGGGCAUGGAGUCCUAGCUUGAAGAUGACUGCAGCCUUUUUUAUGGAGCAGAGCUGAGUAAAAAGAUUUGUUUUGUUUGUACUGCUUCAACUGAGAAAUCAAAAGAUUCCAACAUUUCCACAAUGAAUAAAAUAUCCCUUCCCCUAGAAAACUGGUAUAUUGGUGGAAAACAUCCUAGCCUAGCCUUUUUCCUGACGUGCUAGCUUUCUGUGGGUGGGGACCUCCCCCCCCCACCCCCAAUUGUCUGAAAUCAUAAAGCCAAGGUGUAAGCAUGCCAUCUCGCAGCCCGGCCUUAAACCAUACAGAUGAUUCUGAAGUUGCAAGAGCCCAGGUUGACUUCUCUGCUGCAUUCAGUUUUCCAUUCCCCUGGACACGAGUGCCCUCAGCAAGAUUGCGGAUUGACAACAGAGGGGACUUGGAUGCAGGCCACCGAGGCUUCAGAAUCCACGAAAGCCAUCCUUUUCCCUUGAAUGACAUCGGUCAAAUAGCCAUUUCUUCACUUUUAUCAGCAUUUCUACAUGUUUGAAACCAACAUACUUAAUGUUAAGUUGUUGACUUUUUUUCUGUUUGCGUUUGUCGAUACUUUUUCAAAUGACCAUCUCUCUUUACGGGUAGACAAGGGGGAAGAGCGUGUUUUUGUACACCCCGAGCUUGACAUUAUAACAGGUACUUUCUAUUAUGGAAUUUGCAGUGUGUCCAUUUAACUUGCCUUAAAAGGUGGAGAGAGAGAGAAAAAAAAAUCUAGUAUUUGCACUUAGCAAAAAUUUAAAAGUAAUUUUGAAUAAAGAACAAACCCUAUAAUGGGAAAAGAGCGCAUGUUCCGCAAAUUUUUUUUGACAAUAGCUGAAAAUGAAUAAGCAGUUUAUUAAAAAAACAAAAAGCAGGAAAAAAGAAUAUUUUUCUUCACCUUCUGGUAGGAAACUGUUCUAAUAUUCUGUGUGUAAAAAAAGUCUCUGUAUUAUAUUGUAAUUUGAACUUUUUUUUGUAAUUAAAAACAUCAACUUGUGCACUCUGGUUUUUCCA